GGAGGGUUGAGGCUAGGGCUGAGGCGGCGGCGACCUGUCAGAAGCCAAACGGCGUUAUGGCUGGCCGAAGCCGGCGCGGCGCAGCUUGGAGGCCAUGGAUUCCGCUGCUUUUGUUGCUCUCAUGGCAGUGCGGGGCCCGGGCGGCGGCGCAUAUAAAGAAAGCGGAGGCCGCUUCUGCUUCUUCUUUCUCCUCGGAGGGCCCGCAUUACUUGGACGAAGCCGAGCUGGGCGAGACGCUGAGGCGGCUCGCUGAGGAAGAUGCUCCGCGCGGCCUGGCGCGGCGCUUCUCCAUCGGCCGCUCCAACGAAGGGCGCGAGCUAUGGGUGCUCCGCCUCAGCGAAGGCCUUCCGGGGGACGAGGGCGGCGGCGGGCCUCCCCUGCCGGGCCGCCCUCAGGUGAAGCUGGUGGCCAACAUGCACGGCGACGAGACGCUGGGCCGGCAGCUGCUGGUGCGCCUGGCCCGCGAGCUGGUGGCCGGCUGGGCCCGCGGGGAGCCUCGGGUCCGCCGCCUCCUCAAUGCCACCGACCUCUUCCUCCUGCCCAGCCUCAACCCGGACGGCUUCGCGCGAUCCCGGGAAGGGGACUGCCAGGGAGCCGGCGGCCGGGAGAACGGACGGGGCCUCGACCUCAACCGCAGCUUCCCAGAUCAGUUCGGCGCCACGCAGGUGGAUCUGGCCGCCGUGCCCGAAGUGCGCGCGCUGAUGGAGUGGAUGCGGCGCAACCGGUUUGUGCUUUCUGGGAACUUUCAUGGAGGAACCGUUGUUGCAAGCUAUCCAUUUGAUGACUCAAAGUCACACAAGUCCUCUGGGAUAUACAGCAAAUCGGCUGAUGAUGACCUUUUCAAAUACCUGGCAAAAGCCUAUGCAUCAAACCAUCCCAUCAUGAAAACAGGCACCCCAAACUGUCCUGGGGAAGAGAAAGAAACCUUUAAAGAUGGCAUCACCAACGGAGCUCACUGGUAUGAUGUCGAAGGUGGAAUGCAAGAUUAUAACUAUCUUUGGGCUAACUGCUUUGAAGUCACAUUUGAACUUUCCUGUUGCAAAUACCCACCAGCUUCUCAACUUGAGCAAGAAUGGCUGAAUAACCGAGAAUCUUUGCUCACUUUCAUUGAAAAAGUACAUAUUGGAAUUAAAGGAUUUGUGAGAGAUUCGGUCACUGGGGCUGCCUUGGAAAAUGCAACCAUUGCUGUGGCUGGGGUUGCUCACAACAUUACGACUGGACAGUUUGGUGACUAUUACAGACUGUUGGUGCCUGGGACCUAUAAUAUCACAGCUUCCGUCUCGGGCUACCUGCCAGUCACCAUGGAGAACAUUGAAGUGAAGGAAGCAAACGCAACCGUAGUGGAUUUUUCCUUGCAUCCUGCAGUCACAGUGUUGACUUCCAGACCCACCAAGGAAACACUGAUCACCACCAGCAACUCUCUUGGCAAUGCAGCAACUAUCACUGCUGUAAACAGGACAACCUCUGCUCGCCAAGUGAUCCAGCCGGAUGAUUUUCGCCAUCACCACUUCCCUGAUAUGGGUAUCUUUCUGAGGAAAUUUGCCACUGAGUACCCAAACAUUACCCGGCUCUACUCGGUGGGCAAGUCAGUGGAGCAAAGGGAAUUGUAUGCCAUGGAAAUAUCGGAUAACCCAGGCAUUCACGAAGCAGGAGACGUAUCGGGAAUUUUCGGAAGAAACAACAGCAACAACUACGAUUUGAAUCGGAACUUUCCAGAUCAGUUCGUCCAAAUCACCGAACCCCUGCAGCCAGAGACCAUAGCUGUGAUGAACUGGCUGAAGACCUACCCUUUUGUGCUAUCGGCAAAUUUGCAUGGAGGAUCUCUGGUGGUUAACUACCCCUAUGAUGACGGGCGGCUAGGAGUCGCCACAUACAGUAAAUCCCCUGAUGAUGCUGUUUUUCAGCAGCUAGCUCUUGCCUAUGCCAAGGAGAAUGUGGAAAUGUUCCAGGGCCAUCCAUGCGACAACAUAUAUCCUGAUGAAUAUUUCCCUCGUGGCAUCACUAAUGGAGCGAAUUGGUAUAAUGUCCCAGGUGGCAUGCAGGAUUGGAAUUACCUUAACACAAACUGCUUUGAGGUGACCAUUGAAUUGGGCUGUGUCAAAUAUCCCAAGGCAGAAGAGUUGCCAAAAUACUGGGAGAAGAACCGCCGGUCUCUGCUGCAGUUUAUCAAGCAGGUCCACCAGGGUGUCUGGGGGUUUGUUUUGGAUGCCACGGAUGGACGAGGCAUCUUGAACGCAACCAUCAACAUCGCCAGCAUUGACCACUCUGUCUCCACCUACAAAGCCGGGGAUUAUUGGCGCCUGCUGGCUCCAGGGACGUACAAGAUCACGGCAUCCACCCGAGGGUAUAAUUCAGAGACCAAGAUGGUCAAAGUUGAAGAGAACAACGCUGCACAAGUCAACUUUACUUUAAGUCGAAAAGGCUCCAAAGUUGAAGAAGGGUCAGCACCGCAUGUGAACAUGGCGGACUCCAACGGACCGAUCACCAAGGAGUUUGAAACCCUGAUCAAAGACCUCUCAGCAGAGAAUGGCUUGGAACAUCUCCUCUUGGCGUCUUCAGCCGAUGUCCAGCCUUCACGUUACCGUCCCUACAAUGAUCUGUCUAUGUUCCUCAGAGGCUUGAAUUUGAAUUAUCCCGAAAUCACAACUCUUGUUAGCUUGGGCCAAAGUCGUGAGAUUCGUCACAUAUGGUCCCUGGAAAUCUCUAACAAACCCAACCAGUCUGAGCCAGAAGAGCCGAAGAUCCGUUUUGUGGCCGGCAUCCAUGGGAAUGCCCCCGUUGGUACCGAGCUGCUCCUGGCCCUGGCAGAGUUCCUCUGCAUGAACUACAAAAAGAACAUGGCUAUCACAAAGCUAAUUGAGAAGACAAGAAUAGUGAUUGUACCGUCCUUAAAUCCAGAUGGGCGUGAGAUUGCCCAAGAAGGCGACUGUACCUCCAAACUGGGACAGGCCAAUGCCAAUGGCAAAGAUCUGGACACAGAUUUUGCAAGCAAUUCCUCCGGGGCAAGGGAACCUGAAACAAAAGCCAUUAUGGAGAACCUGAUCCAGAAGCAAGACUUCAGCCUCUCAGUUGCCUUAGAUGGAGGGUCACUCCUUGUUACUUACCCAUAUGACAAACCAGUGCAGACAGUGGAAAAUAAGGAAACGCUGAAACAUUUGGCGUCUGUCUAUGCGAACAACCACCCUACGAUGCACCUAGGACAGCCAAACUGCCCUAACAAAUCAGAUGAGAAUAUCCCCGGAGGUGUGUUGCUGGGAGCACAAUGGCACAGCCAUCUAGGGAGCAUGAAGGAUUUCAGCGUCACAUAUGGGCAAUGCCCAGAGAUCACAGUAUACACCAGUUGCUGUUACUUUCCAAGUGCAGGACAACUCCAUACUCUGUGGACAGAGAAUAAGAAAUCGCUCCUCAGUAUGCUGGUGGAGGUUCACAAAGGAGUCUAUGGCUAUGUCAGAGACAAGCACGGCCGGCCAGUGUCCAAAACCCAAAUUGUGUUCAACGAAGGGAUAAAAGUGUGCACCAAGGAAGGCGGCUAUUUCCAUGUGCUUCUCGCUCCAGGCUAUCACAAGAUCCACGCUAUAGCGGAAGGCUACCAGCAGCAGCACGUCCAGGUCUUGGUUCGCCACGACAUGGCCAGCUUCCUGCAUAUACAGUUCGACAUAGACAACAAGAUCUUUGGCCUUCCAAGGGAGUUGGUGGUUACAGUAGCAGGUGCAACCAUGUCAGCUGUGAUCCUCACAGCCUGCAUCAUCUGGUGUGUGUGUUCCAUCAAGACCAACCGGCACAAAGAUGGCUUCCACCGCCUACGGCAGCACCACGAUGAUUACGAGGACGAGAUCCGCAUGAUGUCCACCGGCUCCAAGAAGUCGCUCCUGAGCCACGAAUUCCAGGAUGAAACGGACACCGAGGAGGAAACAGUUUACUCCAGCAAACACUGAUCUUUCCCGUGGCGGGGAGUUCCCCUGCCGAGACACGUUUCACUAACCUGAGCAUCAUUUCCAGCCAGUGGACGUAGAAUGCGCGACCUUCCAAACCUCAGUUCUUGGUUCCAGGCCGGUUUCUGCUUUAUGCACAAGAAGGCUGGACUGGACGGCUGGCUGGCUGCUCUUCUAUUUGGAAUCAGAAGUGGACCCCUUCAGGCAAUUUAGCCAGGGUAAAACGGACACUCUGGUCACAGAAGCUGCCACGGGAAAAACAGCUGGCUUUUUCUGAUACUUUGAAAAGUUUCUCUUUAAAUCCUUCUAAAUGCUACUUGGUGGGAAAAAUACACAAGGUUUGUCUAAGCUGCUUAUCCACUGCAGCUUAGGGACAGUUGGAACUUACUUUCUUGCCUGCCUGCCUGCCUGGAACAGUUUUCAGAGUUGGUGUGAAGGCGUU